AAGUGGAUUGAAGAAAGUAAAGAGAUACAUGAUGGACCUCCUGCUCGAUACCAACUGCAGCUGAAAAGAGUUAAUCUGGACAAAGAAUCAGAUGAAGAAUCUAAACUGAGGAGAUUUACUCUUGGAAAAUGUGAUCCAAUGUCUCUGAACAGGACCAUCCUCCUGGUGGGAGAGACUGGGUCAGGGAAGUCCACUCUGAUCAACGCCCUGGUCAACUUUGUGAUGGGGGUGGAGUUUGAAGACAAAGUCUGGUUUGAGGUCAUCUCAGACGAGAAGGACAGACCCCAGUCUGAAAGUCAAACUUCUGCUGUGUCUGUUUAUGAAAUAUUUGGAUUUGAGAGAAAAACUGUCCCUUAUUCUCUGACCAUCAUCGACACUCCAGGAUAUGGAGACACCAAAGGAAUAGAAUACGACAAAGUAAUCACAGAAAAACUGAAAGAGCUGUUCAGUCACCCUGAGGGAGUGGACACAGUCAAUGCUGUGGGUUUGGUCAUGAAGGCCACAGAGAACAGACUGGAUGGGAGGUUGGCUUAUGUCUUUAACUCUGUCACGUCUCUGUUUGGCAAAGACAUGGAGCAGAAGAUUGUGGUGAUGAUGACUCACUCAGAUGGAAGAAAACCAAGAAAUGCUCUUAAAGCUCUGGAGGAGGCAAAGAUUCUUUGUGCCAGAGAUUCAAAAAAUGAACGAGUGCAUUUCCGUUUCAACAACUCCCAAAAUGAGACAAUUGAAGAUGACAGUGAUGAAGAGGAAGCGGCACAACAUGCAUUUAAAACUUCAAACAAGGGAAUGAAGAAGUUCACAAAGUUUCUGGAAACAACAAAACCUCAGUCUGUGAAGACGACAGUGGAGGUGAUGAAAGAGAGAAUCAGACUCACGGCCUGUGUCCAGAACCUAAAGGAACGAGUGACAGAGGUGGAAAUGAGGCAGGAGGUAAUCAGGAAGAACAGAGAGGAACUGGCACGAUUUAAAGAAGGGAUGGAGGAGAACAAAAACUUUAAAUUUUACAUAGAAGAAACCUACAAAGAGAAAGAAGGAAUAAACCACUGGUGGGACAACAAAGCUGUGACCUGUAAUAUUUGUGAAGAGAACUGUCAUUACCCAGGAUGCACCUGGGCCUGGAGUCCAAGCUGGUGUCACAUCAUGAGAGAUGGAAAGUGUACUUCCUGUUCUGGGAAGUGUCCAGUGGACGCUCAUGUGAAAGAAAAUAAGAGAUAUGUGACUAAGACCAGAAGAGUGGAAAAGACCACUGAAGAAAUGAAGGCCAAAUAUAAACAAAACAAAACUAACAGUGAGGAGAAGACCAGUCUGCUGCAGGAUCUGGAGAAGGAAAUGUCCAACCUUCAACAAGCCAAAGACCAGUGUCUGGAUCAGGUCUUUGAGUUGGUGGAGAAGCUGGAGAAGAUCGCUCUGAACGUGGACUCAGUGUCCACUUCUGCUCAUCUGGAUUUUCUCAUUCAGAAAAUGAAGGAAAAGGGAGAAAGAGAAAAGAUUCAGAAACUGGAGAAAAUGAGAGAUCGAAUGAGUGCGAAAAACAAGGCUGCUGCCAAAUACUAGGGAGGUGUCCAGGAGGCAUCCUGAGCAGAUGCCCGAGCCACCUCAGCUGGUUCCUCUCGACGUGAUCCGCCUGUCAAUCUUGUGCUCCAUCCUUCCCUCACUUGUGAAUAAAACCCUGAGAUACUUGAACUCCUCCACUUGAGGCAGAGACUCUCCACCUGCAGAGGGCGCCACCUUUUUCCAGUUGAGAUCCAUGGCCUCAGAUUUGGAGGAGCUGAUUCUCAUCCAGACACUUCACACUCGACUCAAACUGCCCCAGAGCUGCAGGUCCUGAAGCAUCAGGACAAACAUCAUCUGCAAACAGCAGAGAUGAUCCUGUGGUUCCCAAACCAGACCCCCUCUGGCCCCUGAACCAGACCCCCUCUGGCCCCUGAACCA